AUGUUGGAUCGGUACAGGCUUUCUAGUGUACACCGGCUAGCACCGCACUUGCCAGCUGUGCAGAAGCGAGAAAGCGUCGACGAUCCCGUUGAAAGCAUCAAUCAAUCUACCAUCACCAUCCUUGCGACAACAGUCGAGUCCAUCUUCAGCAUAGUUCGUCAUCAAUCACGAGGGAUGGCGGCAUCGACAAGAAGAGUAGCGGCGUUGGCCUGGCACGCGAUAGCGCUGUCUUCGUGUAUCUAUGGCUUCAAGUCGCUCGACGUGCUACCUGAGAUCCUCGGCGUCGACAUGAACAACGAGUACGGAGGCGCCUUGCAGUUCUUGACCAUGUGCGGGCUAUCGGUAACCACUGCCGCCAUGUCGCUCGCGCUGCUACUGGACAUCACGCAAGGACCGGAAGUACUACGCUGGAUGAAGGAUCUAUUCAUGGCCGCCUCUCUGCCGAUGGAGACGCUGAUCACGCUGCUGUACUGGUCCAUUGUAGCCAUCAACAAGGAUCUGCUAAUGCAGCCCAGGAAGAUAAUGGAUCCUGCCAACCCAGGACAGGUUCUGCGCGAGGAGUCGGUGUCGGUGCCAUUCUCGAUCGAUGCCAGCAUGCACGCGUUUCCUGGCGUGUUCCUGCUGGUCGACUUUUUUGCGUUCAGUCGACCGCUUCCCAAAUCGAUACCGAUCGUGGCUGUGGCUGGAUCCGUAACCGUGGGCUAUACGCGCAACAUCGUGCCUCGUCGGACUAGCAGUCGUUCGACUUCAGGCCCGAAUCAAAGGGCCCGCCAUGAAGGGGAAAGGCAGGAAGACGAGUUGAUGAGCGUCGUUCCGUUACGGCUUCGAACACACCCAAUGCCGUGCUCGGUCUCUUAG